AGUAAACGGGGCAUUUCAUAGAUUAAAAAAUACAAGAUAAAUGCAGUGAACUUUGUAUUUUAAGGAAAAAAGAUGUGUCCAAUUUAGGUUUUCUCCAGACAGGUGCAAAUAUUGUGAUUGUGAUUUUCCUCCACUAGAUGGCAGCAGUUACUCGUGCUACAAUCACAGUGACAUGUUCCUUUAUUGUUUUCAAGGUGGAGACAUUGUUGUCACUGAAACAUUGACUGGUCUGUGUUGUUAGGACUUCCUCUCAGCAGGUGAUCGUUGGUGUCAGCUGAAACCGGCUCAGUUUACUUUUUUGGAGAACCAGAAAUGCAACAAAUGGCAAUGAAUCUAUUCCCACUGCUGCUGGUUAUUUGUCUUCCAAAAUGGAGCCAUGGUAAACACUUGCUUCGUUUUCUGACCUUCUGUCAAAGGAAUGUGACAAGUGAUGGCCAGUAUGAUAUUGAAUUUGACGGCGAUCAGCUCCUCUAUGUUGACCCGGUCACUUUUCAGACAGUUCAGCGUCUGCCAGAGUUUGCAGAGCAGUGGAUUCCUGGUCCUGAACUACCCCAAGAUGCAUUCUUGUCCUUGGGUACCUGCAAGUACAACAUCCCACGAGCCAUAAAGGGAGAAAAUCAUCCUCCGGAGGCCAUAGCCAGUCCCACGUCCAUCAUCUACCCCAAGCAGGAGAUGGAACUGGAGGUCCCCAACACCCUCAUCUGCUUUGUCAACGACUUCCAUCCGCCUACAGUCACCAUCACCUGGACCAGGAAUGGCCAGCUGGUGGACCAGAGUGAGGUCAGUCAGACUCAGUACUACUCCAACAGAGACUUCAGCUUCUGCACCUACUCCUACCUGGACUUCACUCCCCAGGGGAACGACAUCUACUCCUGCAGCGUGGACCACAUCAGCCUGCGGGCGCCUCUCACCAAGUUCUGGGAGGUUGAAGUACCCAAAGACCAGCAGGUUGUAGAGACAGCAGUGUGUGUUGCUGGUGUGAUCCUGGGCCUGAGUGGAGUCGUCACAGGACUCUGGUUCAUCAUGAAAGCCAACAAGUCCUGCCAUGCGUAACAUGUAUUCAUAUCAAUGUCAGAUGUGUGAUCAUGUUAUCUUUUUCCCCGUGUGUUUUUCCUCUGGUUGCGAGGUGGACUAAAAUAAUUUUUAUCAUAGCUUUAUUUUUUAUUUUUUUACACCUGCAAGGUUUUAUGUUCUCUCUAUCUGUAUGUUUUUCUUUCACAUGCACAACAACACUGAAUGAAAACCUGAGCUAAAACCACGUCAGUUAAAGCUAUACUUUGACAUUUUGGCAAAUAUACUUUUUUUGCUUUAUGGCAAAGAUGAGAAGAGCUAUAACACUCUCCUGUCAGUAUUCUAAUAAAAUAAAGCUACAGCCAUGAGAUGGUUAGCUUAGCUUAGCUCAAAGACUGGAAACAGGGGGAAACAACUAUUCUGACUCUGUCCAAAGGCAACAAAGUCCACCUACCAGCAUUUCUAAAGCUCACUAAUUAGAAAUAAAUAUUCCAGCAAGUAACCCCCUAUUAAACCGAAUAUUUGUUUUUUUUACACUUUAGUUUUUAUUUGAAUUAAACAAAACAAAUAUUACAAGUUAAUUUUUGAGCAUAGAGGUGCAGGUGCACCAUUCCCUUAAGAA